AGUGUCCCCGUGCAGCCACGCCCCACAAUUGGCACCCUAUAAAUGGCAGUCGCUGGGCGUCCGCGAGCUCAGUUCGCGGAAGCCCAGGACGCAGCCCUCUGUCGUGGAUUCUCUGGAUUGAUUUCACUGGAGGAGUUUGCAAUUUCUUUUUCCGCUUUUUUUUUUUAAAUCUCCUUUUCGGGGAAGAUUUCACUGUUACCUGGAAGAGUGUUGAACAGUUCCGGUUGCUCAAGAAGAAGUUGGGUUGCCUGGCUCGUCUCUUGUUAUUUUAAUUUUCUGCACGUUCUGCUUGGGAACUUGGUCGUAGGGCUAAUAUGACACUGGAAGAGGUCGUGGCGUGCGACAACGCGGAGCAGAAGAUGCAGACGGUGACCGCGGCGGUGGAGGAGCUGCUGGUGGCCGCACAGCGCCACGAUCGCCUCACCGUGGGGGUGUACGAGUCGGCCAAGCUGAUGAAUGUGGACCCGGACAGCGUGGUCUUGUGCCUCCUCGCCAUCGAUGAGGAGGAGGAGGACGACAUCGCCCUGCAGAUCCACUUCACGCUCAUCCAGUCCUUUUGCUGCGAGAACGACAUUGACAUCGUGCGGGUGUCAGGCAUGCAGCGGCUGGCCGAGCUGCUGGGGGAGCCCCCCGAGCCCCAGGACACCGCCGAGGCCCGGGACCUGCACUGCCUCCUGGUCACGAACCCGCACACAGACGCCUGGAAGAGCCAAGGCUUGGUGGAGGUAGCCAGUUACUGCGAAGAAAGUAGGGGUAACAAUCAAUGGGUCCCCUAUAUCUCGCUCCAGGAACGCUGAGGCGCCCCUUCCCCGCGUCAGAUGAGAUCUGCCAAAACAAGACAAAACAGAACAAAAAUACCUAUUUGACCCCCUCCCCUCCCAGAAGAACCCCCCCAAAAAAACACCCAACCCAUGAGAGCAUUGGGGGCCGAGUCUCUGAGACUGAGGAGGAGGAGGAGGAGGAAGAGGAAGAGCAGGAGCGAGUGGUGGCCAGCCGGGAGCGAGCCACAGAUGGCCACCGAGAGAGAAGAGGGGGACCCUGGCCAGCGCAAGAGGGGACCCGGGAGCCCAGACCUGAUGACGGCAGAGGCGGAUGGACUGAGGGGCGGGCGGAAGGGCGGCCGCGGCCCCCCGUCCCUGAGGGUCUGGACUCUACACUGCCGAGCCGCUGGACUCGGCCGACCUUGGGCGGUGACCCUGGUCAGCAUUGGCCCUGGGAGGCCACGCAUCCCCCGGGCCGCCCCCUGACUCACGCCGGACCGCGAGUUCCGUGGGCGAUCCGUUGUUGUUUGCACUUUGCUACCGGAACCACUUUGGAGACAGGAGCUCGCGCCGCGCCGACAUCGACUUUCAUUUUUUAUUUUUAUUUCUCCGAGGACGGGCCUUUUAAUAAAUUUCUAAAUAACG